AAUACAUAUUUGGACUUCGUCGAAAUUGAAUCGUUAUUAGAUUGGAUCGCCACAAUUGUAGUGUGAAUGUAGUGUGAUUUUUGUUGCAAUUGAUUGAUUGUCAAUUUAUUAUUCGUUCAAAUUCAGUUUUUCACUUUAAUUUUCUACGAUUGUGAUUAUGAUUUGUGUUACUUUUGUUUUUACAUUAUGAUUGUUCGAUGUCAGUAGAUGAUGAUCGAGAUAAGGGAUUCCAAAUAUCGAAAAAUAAAACGAAUGAGCUAAAAAAUGCUAUCUGGCGGGUGAAAUGUUUGAUCAGCGAAGGAAUGAAUAUGAGUAUUCAAUAUUAUUUUGGAGAAACUGCAAUGCAUUUAGCCGCCGAAUGUGGCUCGGUCGAUAUCGUAGAAUUGUUCCUUGAUGAUGGUGUAAAUCCGAAAAUUUUAGAUAGCAGUAGGUCUACACCGCUUCAGCAGCAAUGCGUGGACAUGUGAAGGCAGUUGAAAUCCUUGUUGAACGUGGCGCCAAUCAAUAUUGAAGCUAAAGAUUCUCGUGAAUCGACAUCACUUCACAUUGCAGCUGAGUCUGGUAAAUGGAGACUUGCUUUCAAUCAGAAAAAGUCUCGUGAUUUAGAUAUACUCCGUUUGCAAUUCAGGUAAGGUGAAUGUCGUUCAGCGCCUACUUGAUUUCGGAGCCAACGUCGAUGCUAGGGAUAAUGACGGGUUGACACCAUAUAUGCGAGCAGAUAGUUUGGGUAACUGAACUCUUACUUCAAAUCAAAAGCAAUCACUUGACUUAUAAUCACUGUCGCUUUUUAAAUCAGGCUAUGCGUAUGACCCAGUUUUAAGAAUACUUGAUGAAUAUGCGUAGAUGAAACUCGAUCGGUAUCUUAAGGAGCGUGAGAGUAGAUGGACUGAAGUUUAAUGAUAGAGCAAGCCUUAAUUCAGAUGUAACGGAGGAAAGUGGCUCCAGUUCAGGCUAUGAUUCACUUCUUAAUCAGUUCAUCAUUUCUAUCGUAGCUUUACAUAAAAGACAGAAUAAAAUCCACAAUUUUAGUUAAUUUCAUAAUUAUUUAAACUAAUAAUACUUCCAUUUGAAAAGAAAAUUGUCGAACAUUAGCUUUCAUUGUCAACAACAAAAUCGCAUAAAAAUGACAUCAUUCACAAUAAUCAAAAGAGAGCUCGACACUGCUUUUGAAUUGAGUCAAAUUUUGAGCCCAUUUUCGAUCUCAAUGCUUUGCUAAAAGAAAACUAAUUUGACGCUAUCACACGCUAUCAGGCGCUAUCAAGUGUUUUUUCUUCUUGUUUUAUACUCGAAACCAUUUUUUAUCAAGUCUGGUUAAUAGGAUCAUAAUGAAAAAUGUUUCAGUUGCUAAAAUAGACUUAAUUCAGGCUGGGUUGACUUGUCUACUGUUGCGAUAAGCAUUCGACUAUUGCCAAUCAACUCGAAUAUAAUACAGCUCGUUUCCCCUUUAUGUAAUAAUUUAGUCACUCGAGACGAAUGAAUGAAACGAAUUCAAGAAAAACUCAAAUCAGAUGUUCUCGUUCUUUCUUCUCUUUUCGUUUUAAUUCGUCUCUAUUUGUAACCUUUUUUAAUGAUUAAAUUUGAUCUUUUUCUUCACACAAUUCUGACCUUAUUCCAAGAUUCAGUGUUUGAAUCAAUCUAUGAGCAAGCACACAAUUCAAAAGACAACCAAAUGAUUCGUUUUUUUUUUUUCAAUUUUAUUUUCGUAUUUUACAUUUUCAUUCUUUUUUGUGUGAGUGUGAAUCCAAAGCGAACGGAUUAGACGGCACUUCAUUGGGCUGCAAAUGCACUGACAACAAAUUCCAUGCCACUUGAUGAAAAAAAUUCAAAGCAAUUUACACCAUGGAAGAAUAUUUGAUUGUACAAAUCUUUUUUUGCAGCCCAAUGAAGCACGGUCUACUCGUCAAUCGGUCUAAAAUUCACAUUCACAUAUUACAUCUUGAAAGUAAUGAAAAAAAUAAGCUGGAUACUCUUUCUUUUAACUCAUGGUUUUUGCAAAAGAUUACAUUUCCUCCACACUUUGUGUGUGAAUAAACAACAAGAAAAAAACUGGUACACAACUGAUGCUUUGAGAGCAUACUUUGAAGAUAUUACUCAUGAAAUGACAGCGAUGGAAAUGAUUUGAUUCGAAAGUGACGAGAAAAAAAAGAAAACUCUAUCAUGACGAAAUCUCAUUUGGGAUAUGGUGAUUGAUGGUCCGAGGCUGGAACUUCAAUAUGAGAUGAAAUCCGUUUCUCGGGCCCUCACGUUCACACUUUUCGGCGUUGUGAUGACCAAUUUUUUGGCUGUCAUAUGAUGAAUUGAAAAGUUCUCCCUCUUCAACUCGCGGCAUUCAUUUCGAUUCUUCUAAAAGGAAAGAAAAAAUAUUUCAAUUUUUUGUAUAUUGAGAUUUUCAAUGAUUACAUAACUAAUUUUGAAAAAGAAAGUACAUUUUUCAAUGAAAAAGUAAAGUAAAGAUCUUAAACUCACCCAAAAUUACUCUAGUCCGAUCGAAAAUGAUUUUUUAAUUAAAAUGUAACUAAAAUGAUAUGUUUGUAACAUUCUAGUAACCUUUGUUACUAUGAUGCCCUUGCACAUAAAAAGUGCUGUGCACUGAGAUCACUUCGAAUGUGCGACCAUUUCCAAGAAGAAAUGUUUUUCAACUGAAUGUUCCGAAUUAAGCAUAUCAGCGACUGAUGUCAAUUGCCACAUGAACACAUCUAUAUCAAGUUCUUAUGUAAUGUAUGAAGUCGGUUAAAAAAAUGUAGAUUAAAAUAUCUCCCGUUCCAUAUUAUCCAUGUUGAAACAUCAUUUCUUUCGUAAUGGGAACCAACUAUCAAAUCAGUUUAUGACACUUAUUUAUAAAAAAAAUGGGGAAAGAAUAGCCGGUAAACGAGCAAUUGUUAUCAUCAUUGUUGACCGAAUAUGAAUCCAGACGACCGGCCGACUGCUCUCUUUUUUUUAAAUCAAAGUAGAAUGGAGGAGCAAAAGAAGUAAGCAACUAUCGCGCAAAGUGAGAGUUGCUGUUGCUCGUGGCAUGAGUGGCAUGCGAUGUGAUUACAACACAUAUUUAUGAUGGUAGUGAAUAUAAUUUGUCUCGAAUAUGCAUACUUGAAUAUAUACAGGCAUGCCAUUUGUCUAGGUUUUAUCUGGUCGAUGAUGGUUCUACUUCAAGCAUCGCUUGCUUUUGCACAAUGUGGCAAUAAGAAUAUAAGAUAUUCAUGUAUUUUGAUGAACAAAUAGAGAAUUAGAAGAAUGUGAACCAAACACAAAACAAUGUGUUGCUCUGUGGCCCCGCUAUGAAGUUGAUUGCAUUAACUCAGACAUUAUGAUGACAAAUGUCAGCGAGAGAUGUAUCACACAGAGAUACAUGUACAAAUGUAGCACGAUGUAGCGAAGCUUUUGUUUGCGUAAAAAUUUACAAAAAAUUAUUUUCCAUACAUGAAUUAUGUACAUCAAAUUAAAGGUAUUUCCUUCCUGUACACUUUGCUGAUUUUCAAGAUUUGGCCAGAUAAAUUGACUCUCGAACAUAGCAAAACUUUUGUUCGCUAAUUUAACGAACAUUUUACCGUUCAAAACUUUCAGACGUCAAUUUAUAAAUAUUUUCUAAUUUUUAUAUUUUUAUUCAUUUGAUUUCGAAGUCAGUAAACUGUAUAUAAAUUGAUUGGAAAGAGAAAGAAAAAACCUUGUUUGAAAAAUAAUUUUUCAUAGACUUUAGAUAGAAAAGAAUUAAGUAAUAGCUGCGUUCGCUCAAUCGUUCGUUGAUAUGCGUACGCUUUGUUGUUUUAAUUAAUUUUUUCCUGUAAUUCUUGCCGUAUUUUUGCAUUUCUGGUUCUUUUUUACUUGUAAAAGUUCGACUUUUCGUUUGGCGCUAAAUUGAACUCAGUCACUUGAGCUGAUGAUCAACCGAAAAGUGACUACCUGAGAUUUUUUAUGCCAUGUGUGCGUACUUUACAAGUUUAUUCAUGUUCAAAUCGAUGAAACUUGCAAUUUUGCAUAAUUUCAGUCGUUCUUUGGGUGUUAUUUUGAUUUUUCAAUGCAAGCGAAAGGAAACGUUACGAUUAGAUGUUAUUUCGGGAUAUUUUCACUAGUGCGCCCUUUCAUAAUCUGUAUAUUCAGUCUCCAUAAGAAGCAAUGUAUUAAGCAAUCAUCUCUCAGAUCGAACCUUCAUGAACAUAUGAAAGCAUUGAAAUCGAUGAAGAAGGCUUAGUUGCAGCCGCGGCCACAUUUUAAUAUGAAAAGCAAAAGGGCAAAAAAACAUCAAGGAAAUAUUCGUAGACACAAUAUAGUUACUAAAAACCAUUUUUAUUGAUUGAUGCCAGCGAAAAAAAAAGUCUUGUAAAACGUGGUCACAAGAAGUUUUGUUCACUAGCGUCUAUCGUGGAACAAACAACUAAAUGCAAAUUAAAUUCUUUUUAAUCAUGAAUCAUUUUACUAAUAUUAUAUUGUGUUUAGAUCUAGAAAACUUUUUCAUAAGAUUACUUGGGUUAGUAUAUUUAAAUUUAUUUCGCUGAUCAGCAGAUUUGCUGUUUAUAUUUGAAAAAAAAAAAAACAAAAA